CUGAACCUAACACGUACGUAUGGAGCAUUAUCCCAUUCUCUUCGCAACACAGCCCUCUUCUUGUACCUCUAGCUCCUACCACUUCAUGGACCAUGGCUUGUUCUCUCUGUCCAAGCACGAGGAGCUCUCGAACUCAAUGGAUGGUGCCGGUGAUGAUGCAAGAAGUAGUCCACAUGUUGGCGGUGAGUCCUCCCCGGGUCGUGAUGCAGGGGGCGGCCAGGCGGAUGUUGUUGCUAUGAAAACAAAAGGGAAGAAGAGGGAGCGGUGGCCUCGGUAUGCAUUCCAGACGCGCAGCCAGGCCGACAUCCUCGAUGAUGGCUACCGGUGGAGGAAGUACGGGCAGAAGGCCGUCAAAGACAACAACUUUCCCAGGAGUUACUACCGGUGCACACACCAAGGGUGCAAUGUGAAGAAGCAGGUUCAGCGGUUGUCGCGGGACGAAGGCGUGGUGGUGACGACGUAUGAGGGAACCCACACGCACCCCAUCGAGAAGUCCAACGAGAACUUCGAGCACAUACUCACCCAGAUGCAGGUCUACUCGACGGUCAACAACAGCUCCUCGACCUUUACUCACCAUAUGUUUCAAUGAACGUUGCAUCCAUGCUUGAAACGCAAACUCGGGGAGGGGUGUUGUUGUUUUGUCCAUUUACCAUAGACAUGUAUGUAAGCAAACAUAUACAUAAUAAGCGCUAUUUGGUAGCUAGAUA